GGACCGGAGGCAUAGAUGACCAGUCCAGCUCUAAGUGCAGGCAAGUGCGGAUUUGUGUAAAGUCAUCAUGAAGCCGACGGUGUUGUUGUUAUUGUUUGCUUUAAUAUACAAUGUGGAAAGUUUCAUGAACGUAUACCGAAGAAUCGCAACGGAGGAGAGCGACGGAGAUGCUGGUGAUCCCCUAUUCUUAACACCAUUGAUUGAACAAGGAAAAGUGAAAGAGGCACAGGACCGUGCCAAAGUCCAAUUUCCUGGAUUCAAAGGCGUCCAAAGUUACGCCGGUUAUUACACCGUCAACAAAGCUAAGGGUUCGAAUCAAUUCUUAUGGUAUUUCCCAGCGAAAUACGCAGCGAAAACAUCACCGGUCGUCCUCUGGCUUCAAGGAGGACCAGGUGCAACAUCGCUAAUUGGUCUCUUCACGGAAAACGGACCAUUCAAAGCGACAAAGAAUGGGAUCGAACUGCGGAAAUUCACCUGGAGCAUGAAUCACCAUUUAAUAUUUAUCGAUAACCCAGUCGGUACCGGAUACAGCUUCACCAAAAACGGAUACGCGAAGAACGAAUCCGAUGUGGGAAGAGAUUUAUACUCCACUUUGACGCAAUUCUUCACGAUGUUCCCAUCUCUCCAGAACAACGACUUCUACAUAGCUGGUGAAUCUUAUGCUGGGAAAUAUGUACCAGCCAUUGGAUACACUAUCUACAAGAACAACCCCAGCGCCAAAUUGAAAAUCAACUUGAAGGGCUUGAGCAUUGGAAAUGGUUUAUCUGAUCCUGAGCACCAACUCAAGUAUUCAGACUAUCUGUACCAACUGGGAUUAAUCGAUGAUAACAUGAAGAAAACAGUCAAGAGCUAUGAAAAGCAAGGUGUUGAGUAUAUUCAGAACAAACAAUGGGUUGAGGCUUUCCAAUUGUUUGAUAACCUUCUCAAUGGUGAUUUGAAUAAUCACACAUCUAUAUUCAAAAACGCUACAGGCUUUGAAAAUUACUUCAACUAUCUUGUUGCUGAGGAUUUAUCAAAGGAUAUAGAAUACAUGGGAAAGUUCAUUCAAAGCACUGCAGUGAGAAAAGCUUUGCAUGUUGGAAACAUCCCUUUCAAUGGAAUUGGUCAAGAAGUUGAAGUUAAUCUUAUGGAGGAUGUGAUGCAAUCAGUUGCACCUUGGAUCAGUGAAUUGCUUUCACACUACCCUGUAUUAAUCUACAAUGGGCAAUUGGAUAUAAUUGUAGCUUAUCCAUUAACAAUCAAUUAUCUAAACAACUUGGAUUUCAGCGCCGCUGAAGAAUACAAAACAGCUAAACGUUACAUCUGGAAAGUUAACGGAGACAUUGCUGGUUACGUUAAACAUGCCGGUAAUUUAACGGAAGUCUUGGUUAGAAACGCCGGUCACAUGGUGCCUACUGAUCAACCGCUCUGGGCGUUCGAUUUAAUAACCAGAUUCACCCACAAAAAGAAGCUUUACUAAAAACAUAGUGUAAAGUUUUAUUAUUUCUAUUUUUCUCCACAAUAAAUCAUUUUUUCGAUUUCUUUUUCUUA